AUGAUGACACCCUUUUUAGCCUUGCCGACACACGAAGUGAAUCGAAUUACAAGACGAAAGACCAGUUGCCUUCGUGUAUGUACCAGUGAGAUUACACCCAAUGCUGCUGGUUGGGAAGCGCUGCUAAUGCUGCAUCGGAUUUUUCUGCUCGGUGUUACUAUGUCUAUGAUCGUGUUCUUGGUCUUCGUGCGUAGUAUGAGCGACCCGUUGGUGGGUAGUGCGAGGGCGACGAUUGCAGUGACAAAGAGCAUCAUUAACGUACGGUGUCCGAUAUCACCAUCAAGAACAUGCCCUUCAUACUUCAGCGUCGUCACCUGCAAGAACACGACUCUCACUGCUCUCACGAUCGACGCUAGAGCAGGGUAUGGUAUCGCCAAGAACACGGCUGGUUUUGGCUUGACCAUGAACGACCAUGUCCCGAUUACAAGAACACGAUCUACAACCAAGACGAUUGUCGUUCGAUGCAGUCUAGUACCAAUACCGUCUUCAGCGACAACUAUUGUUGUGGCGAUCAUGGUGUUUCAGUCGGAUCUUGUGGUGGAAACUCCGCUGACAAACAACGAUUCAGGCUACGUGAAUCAUCAGCUCAAGACAGUGAAGAAAGCCGUCGUUAUCCACUCGGACUACAGUAGGACCAACGGAGGCCUACAGAGUGCCGCCAAUAGUCAAGUUCAGAUCACUUUCUUCUUUAAUCUGUUCGAGCGUGACACAUGUAACAAAAAGGCUAACGCAUUUUAUGCUUGA